GAGACACAAGCACACACCUUGAAAAUUGAAACUCGGACUGAGGAAUGUUAAAGAGGUGCUGAGUGGAUUCCCAGAGGAGGCAGAAAUGGUUCAUCAUUCAGACGGGGCCAGGACUAAAAGGAGUUUCUUGGAAGUUUGACUCAUGGGCUGGAAUUUGGUUUGGGAAAAGAGAGGUACUAUCCAAGCCAAGUUGUAAUGGGGAGGGAGGGGUUGCUUUGUGAAAGGAACAGUUCUAGGGUAGAAAGGAACAGAGCAGGUUAUGAAUCCUGUCACUCAGGAGAGUUAUCUUGAUGAAUGAACAAAACAGAAAUUUCCUGUUACACUAAAAAAUAUUACUAGAAAGUGAUAGAAGGGAGCAUCAAGCUUUUGAGUUCUUUCCCAGGACAGCCACAAGCAGCCCCAAAUGGCCUCCCAGGGAUUGGAUAAUGCAGGACUGGGAACCUCAGCAGGUCACGUGAACCAAGAGGAGACUGAUGGGUCUGGUUAUCAGCUCCUGGAUGGAUCACGUGAUGUUCAAAGAGGAGCACUGCAAGCCCUCGGGGCCAUCCAGAUCCUGAAUGGAAUACUGAUUCUGGCUCUGGGUGUAUUUUUGGGUUGUUUACAAUAUUUGUCCCAUUACUUCAGGCAUUUUUUCUUCUUCACCUUCUACACAGGCUAUCCAUUCUGGGGUGCUGUGUUCUUUAUCAGCUCGGGAUCCUUGACUGUUGCAUCAGGGAGAAAACCCACAAGAAUGCUGAUGCAAAACAGUUUUGGGAUGAACAUUGCCAGUACUAUAAUUGCAUUUGUUGGGACUGCUUUCCUUUCUGUACAUUUGGCAAUCAAUACCCAGGCUUUCAAGAGUUGCCAGUCUUCACAGUCACCUGACUUAUGCAUUUACCUGGGAUCCACAUCAAAUGGCCUUGUGUCUCUACUGUUGAUCUUCACCCUGCUGGAGCUGGCCAUCACCAUUUCCAUCUCAACCAUAUGGUGCCUAGGAAAUGUUUGUGGUUCAAGAGAGGCAAUUUCUUCACCUCCUAAUUCUGUGGAAUCAGGAAUACCCCCUGAUAGAAGUGAUUCUGAGAACCUGAACACUCAGCCUCAAAUCACCACAGAGUGAGAACUUCACUUGAGAACUCAGGCGAGAAUGAACAGAUAGAAUGCAACCCUUCUGUCAUGGCACUAUCCAUGAGAAAGCUGGGCAUCUGUUCCAACCCUUCUCC